UCCUCACUGAAAGCAAGGAUGAAGGCUGGAGUGUGUGUGUGGUGUGUGGGCCUUUUGUUUUUGGGGUUCAGAUGGGCACAAGGACAAAGCCAAACCAACUUCACAAGGCCGAUUUUCCUGUGCGGUGGUCAUUUAACAACAGAUUCAGGCUUUGUGGCUAGUGAAGACUUCCCCUCUCACUACAAACCAGAUUCCAAAUGCACCUGGUACAUCACUGUUCCAGAGGGACAAGUGGUCAUGCUGCAGUUCCGUAUCUUCGACCUGGAGGCAGACCCAACCUGCCGAUAUGACUAUCUGGAUGUGUAUAAUGGUCACUCGUAUACAGUGCAGAAGCUGGGCCGAUUAUGCGGGACAUUUCGGCCUGGUGCUCUUAUCUCCACCUCCAAUACCAUGAUGCUGGAGAUGGUGUCGGACUCUGGCAAAGGAGGGCGAGGCUUUUUGGCCUUUUUCAGCGGUGGAAAGCCACAUGUAGAGGAAAAUGAGUUCUGUGGUGGCAGGCUGACCUCAUCCCAAGGAUCGAUAAAGACUCCAAACUGGCCUGAUUCAAACUACCCAGCUGGCAUCAGCUGCUCCUGGCAUGUCACUGUACAAAACAACAUGGUGAUUGAAGUGAAGUUUGAAAAGCUGGACCUGGAAGCUGACAAAUAUUGUCGUUUCGAUUACGUGGCUUUGUUUAACGGUGGGGAAACAGAAAGUUCACGACGUAUAGGCAAAUUCUGCAGUGACACUGUACCAAAGACUGUCGUCACCAAUGGGAAUGAACUGUUGGUGCAGUUUGUUUCUGACUUGAGUGUGACAGGAGCAGGAUUCAUGGCUCAUUAUAACAGCAUCCCACGUGGCUCACAAAGCCCAACACCAACCCUGGACACUGUUUCUGGACCUAGAGUGGACACGGAUGCCGUUGCUAGAAAAGCUGUGCCCAAACCUAAACCCACAAAUAAACCUAAGCUUAUUCCUAAACCCAAGCUUAUUCCUAAACCCAAUACUACAAGUAAACCCAAACUUACACCUACACCAAUUACUACAAGUAAACCCAAACCUACACCUACACCCUUUACUACAAGUAAACCCAAAACUACACUUACACCCUUUACUACAAGUAAACCCAAAACUACACCUAAACCUAGACCUCCAUCUAAAUCUAAAUUUGUUAUUAAAACUAAAGCAACACCAAAACCCCCAUCUAGGCCACCAAAGCUUAAGCCUGCCAGACCAUCUCCCAAGCCAGCCAGGGCUGUAAAUAAGCCUAAACUACCAAGACCCACAUAUAGGCCUAAACCCAGGCCUACACAAAAACCUGUUGCAAGGGUUACACCAAAACCUGCAGUAAAACCAACUCUGAAGCCUAGGGCUAAACCGACUCCAAAACCUAAGCCAACAUUAAAGCCUGUGUUGAAAGCUACCCCCAAACCAGGAACCAAGCCAGUGAAAUCAACUGUGGCACCUAAAAUCAAGCCUAAACUUGUUGUCAAAGCUACCAUGAAGCCAAGGCCUAAACCUGGAACCAGAACUAGCAUUAAGACUACAACAGCUGGAACAAAGAUAUCACAAGCAGAUCCACAGUGUGCACAACCAUGUACCAGGACAGGAACACUUCUGACUAGCUUCUGUCCCAGUGACUUUGUGAUGACAGGGAAGGUGACAUCAGUGACUCCAGGGCCCCGUGGCAGCGCUGAGGUGGAUGUGUACAUUAUGAAGGCAUAUAAGAAAGAUCGACUUAACAUCAUCAAGAGAGGCCCUCUAAUGACUGUGACUCUCACUGUCCCCUGUAUGAAGUGCCCUGCCCUGCGUAAAGGAAGUAACUAUGUGAUGAUGGGGAAGGUGAAUGAAGAGGGACGUGCCAUUUUGAAUCCUUCCAGCUUUGUGCUUCUUCAUAAGGCUGUACAUGAUAAAGCACUAACCAUUCUUGCAAAGAAAGCAUGCUGACCUCAUCUGCAUCUACCAAUCACAGUACUGCAAAAUAACAUCAUACACUGUAUGAUAUGACAUACAGUAUAAUUUCAAGUUCUUAUAUGUUAAUAACAACAUAUACUUCAGAUUUUACCAUUUUAUCAGCUGUUUAUAUAUCCUGGUGCUAUAAAUGAAGAGCAUAUUGACUUAAGUUGAAAUACUAACCACUUCAACAUGAAACUAAAUGUGGAAACACAAAAUACAAAAAAAGACUUUUUCUACAUUACAUUACACCAUUUCUACAUAUUCUAAUUAAUAAUAAAGACACCAUUCAACUACCCCCACCUUUUAGAAGGAUGGAGGUUAGUGAGGAAUGGUCAAACAAUCUAGGGCUCAUUUGCCAAUUCUGCAAACAAGUAUUCAGAAAUGAACACAACAUUGUGCAGUGGUUUCAGAGCUAAUGGACUGUUAUCUUUUGGCCACUACAUUUUACAGCUUAUUUGUAAAACUGCCUGUGCAAUCUCAUGCCAUGCAUGGUGCUGUGUAAAUGACAGUCAUUUUCAGUGGUCCAGAUUUCUUUUCUGAUAAAGAUACUGUCAUUAUAGUUUUAAGGGUAAAUAAAUGAAUUCUUGCUCUUGGACUUUUAACUGAAAAUAACUAUAUGUGACUGAUUUGAUUCAAAUUUAAGUCACAUAAACAUUAGAAUGUGACACAUUUAUUUGCUAUGUGUUUGUGCUAUUUGUAACAUUUCAACAACAGUGAUUAAAGGACUUAACUACA